AUGUUUGUCAAGAAUAAUGGUGGUGGGAGUACGUUGUGCUCAUGCCCUUGUAAGCGUUGUAUUAACUGUAGCGGUUUAGUGCCACUUGGUGAGAUUUCCUUACAUUUUCUCAAACAUGGGAUUGAAUCUUCGUACACAUUUUGGCGUUUUCAUGGUGAAAGAUCUGUGGUAAAAGCACAUAGGGUUAAUACUUCAGCAGAAUGUGUGGAUGUCAAUGUAGAAGAUGCAGCUGAAAAUUUUGAACAUGUAGUCGAUCCCUCAGUUAAUCCUACUACAACAUAUGGUGCAAAUGAAAAUGUUGGAGCAGGUAUUGGUGUGAAUGCUGGAGAUGGAGUAGAUGAGAAUGCUGGAACAAGCAGAGUAGAUGAAAAUGCUGGAACAAGCAGGUAUAAUGGUGCAACCGCAGUCUUAGAAUUGAUGAAAGAGUUUCUUCUUGAAGGAAAAUCGUUGCCGUGCAAGUUCCCUGAAGUUAAAAAGAUGAUUCAAGAACUGGAACCAAGAUAUAUAAAAGUUUUCAAUGAUGAGAGGAAACUUACCCAAGUUGCGCAAAAGACAUUAAGACAUUUUCCAAUAAUUGAAAGGCUGAGAAGGUUUUACAGUGUACCAUGGAUAGCAGAGGCAAUUCUUUGGCAUUGUAAAACGCAGUCGGGUAUGAAUGUGAUGCGACAUCCAGUUGAUUCUGCAGCUUGGCAGUGUGCGGAUAAGUUUUCUCUAGAGUUUUCUAAGGAGACACGAAAUGUUACACUCAGGAUAGCAACAGACGGCUUCAACCCGAAUGGAUGUUUUGGUCUGAAUUAUAGUUGUUGGCCGGUAAUUCUCCAUCCUUACAACUUUGCUCAUUCGUACUGCAUGUUGCGGGAGUUCUCGAUGUUGGCAUUGUUGAUAUCAGGCCCAAGAGCACCGGGCAAGGAUAUAGAUGUCUAUUUACAGUCAUUGAUAGAUGUGCUGAAACAAUUAUGGAAUGUAGGUGCUAUAACAUACGAUGCCUUCACUAAGACGGAAUUUAUGAUGAAAGCGAGGCUGCUGUGGUCUAUCCGUGAUUUCCCGGCUUUGGGUACGUUGUCUGGAUGUGUGACUCAUGGGUAUUAUGCAUUCCCAACUUGUGGAGAAUAUACAGUUACUGAGUGGCCGCCGUUCAGCAAGAAGAUUUGUUACAUGGGACGUUCAGCAACUCCAUGGCCACUAACAGGGCAGCGAGUUGAAGAGAUGGUACAUAAUAUGAAAUGCAGGCAAGGUAAAAGAAAACAACCAACAAAGAAAUGUAAAAUAGGAUCUGAAUACGGUACUGAUGAAGAAGAAGAGGUAUCUAAGCACUGUUUAUUUUCAAGAAGGUCCAUUUUAUAUGAUUUGCCAAACUGGAGUUCAAACUCUAUUCGGCAUUGCACCGAUGUUAUGCAUACGGAGAAAAAUAUAACAGAGCAUAUUAUAAAUACUAUAAUGGGGAAUAACAAGUCAAAGGAUGGUCCUAAUGCGCGCACGGAUUUGGAGGCUAUUAGAAUUAAAAGGAAGGUAUGGAUGCAAACAGAUGAAUUGACUGGUAAAACAUAA